CUAGCAUAUUUCAUGUAAUUCAAAGAGACGAAUAUUUAUGUAUUCAGCUUCAUAAGUUCAUUUCUUGUUUGUAGAUUCUUAGUACCAUCUGUUUAGUAAUUUGUUGUAACCAUAAACCAUAUUAUUUUGCAGAGCUAUUCAUCUUUCAAACAAUGUGUUGUGGGCUUUCUUUGUAUCUGUUCCUUUCUAAGUUCAAACUUUUUUGGAUCAGGAAUUUCUUAGCAAUUUUAGGUUUUGUUAGAUUGAGGGCUUACAAAAUUGCAAUGAUGCUUCUAGGGGUUAACUGGUUAAGGUUCCAGUGGCAGUAGUGCAGUACUAGGGACAAAAUAUCUCCACCGGAAGUUAUUAAACAGUUUGAGGCCUGCAUUGCAAGCCAAACCUGUGGUCAUCUGAAGUUGCUGAUUAAGUUUUUAUUUCACACAUAUAGUCCAUAAUGUGUAAUAACAAGAAGUAGAAGUAGUUUACCCGUUCUAAAAAAAUGUAGAAGCAGUUUAUGUGUAUAACUUUACAUAAUCUGGUUUAUAGGUAUGCUGUAUGCAGGUUGAUUACUUCCUGAAGGUAUAUCCUGGUGUAACGCAUGGUUGAACCAUUCAAUAUAUAGAUGAACAUACAGUUGCAGUGAAAAUGUGCAGAAGAGGCUCAUCAGGAUCUUGUGGAUUAGUUUGGAAAGUGUCUUCAGACACCAUUCAGCCUUGUAAAAUCAGGAUCAUGAAACAAAAGAGAGAUGGAGUCCAUUCAACUAAUGAGGGAUUGGCGCCUUUAAUACAGUAGUGAGUAAUGAUCAACUUUUAAAUCCAACCUACCCUCCUCCAAUCCACCUGUUCCCAUUUCAGUUUUCAAAAUGUCUGGUCCAGAAUGCUGUAAAAAUCCUCCGGUAGUCUCAUCCGGUGACCAAUGCGGCCAAGUUGAGCAGAUUGCCUCUCUUAGUUCUUAUGUUUCCGGCAACUCUGAUUUGAAAACAGCUGUUAUUCUUGUAUCGGAUGUUUAUGGCUAUGGAGCUCCAAAAUUGAGGAAAUUUGCAGAUAAAGUUGCAUCUGCAGGAUACUAUGUAGUUGUUCCUGAUUUAUUGCAUGGUGAUCCCGCGACUUCUGAAACUAAUUUACAAGAUUGGGUAGUAAAUCAUAGACCGGAGCAAACCGUAGAAUAUGUGAAGCCGGUUAUUCAGGCUCUUAAGAAGAAGGGUAUGUCUAAGAUUGGCGCUGCAGGAUUCUGUUGGGGUGCUAAGGCUGUUGUAGAGCUAGCAAAGGAGGCUGAUAUAAUACAAGUUUCUGCACUCUUGCAUCCUUCAUUCGUCACCUUAGAUGACAUCAAGGGGGUUAAGGUAUCUAUCGCAAUACUAGGUGGUGAGCUCGAUAUAUAUUCUCCACCAGCAUUAAUCAAUGAAUUUGAGGCUGCUCUAGAUGCCAAGCCCGAGGUUGACCACUUUGUGAAGAUAUAUCCUGGGAUGUCACAUGGUUGGGCAAUUCGAUAUAAUGAUGAUGAUGCAGCGGAGGUGAAGUGUGCAGAAGAAGCCUGUCAAGAUGUUGUGGAUUGGUUUAGUAGAUAUCUCAAAAGAAACCAUUCAGCCCUGUAAUACCAUAUCCAUAUGAUACAAGAGAGAUGAGAAGCCUCGUUAUAUAUAGCUAAAUAAAGUGUGAUUGAAGAUGUUAAGCCACAUCUAGAGCACCUUAUUUGUUAGGAUUUCGUAAGAUAUUACAUGUAUUCUCUCCAAUAAAUAAGCAAGAUUGCAUAAAAUCUGUGCUUUACUCUGAGGUUUUAUAUAUUAACAUUAAAGGAUGAAGAUUGUGCCUC